AUGGAUAGAAGCUCCCUGUUUCAGCUCAUACAAGAGCAGUUGGACCCAGAGAACACCGGUUUCAUCCCAGUGGAGAACUUCACCAGCUUGGUGGAGCACCAUGAGCUGCAGCUGGACCCGUCCAAGCUGGACAUGCUGUUAGCGCUUGUCCAGAGCAAUGAGGAGGGCCAGGUGUGCUACCAGGAGCUCAUCGAGCUGAUGAGCAGCAAGCGCUCCAGCAGUUUCCGGCGCGCCAUCGCUAACGGCCGCCGCACCCUGCAGAGGGAAAUCCUGCUGGACGAGACGGGCCUCGGACUGUACAAACGCUUCGUCCGCUAUGUGGCCUACGAGAUCCUGCCAUGUGAGACGGACCGGCGCUGGUACUUCCACCAAAACCGCCUCUGUCCUCCGCCCGUCUUCAUUGCCGUCGUCACCAUCGUCCAGAUAAUCGUGUUCAUGUGCUACGGCAUCAUGCUCAAUAAGUGGGUCCUGCAGACGUACCAGCUGGACUUCAUGAAGAGUCCGCUGGUCUACCAUCCCGGCCACCGCGCACAAGUCUGGCGCUUCUUCAGCUACAUGUUCAUGCAUGUUGGUUUGGAGCAGCUGGGAUUUAACGCUCUGCUGCAGCUGAUGAUCGGCGUUCCCUUAGAGAUGGUUCACGGGAUCUUACGGAUAAGUUUGCUCUACAUGGCAGGAGUUCUGGCCGGCUCGCUGACGGUGUCCAUCACAGACAUGCGUGCUCCGGUGGUCGGGGGAUCCGGGGGCGUCUACGCUCUCUGCUCCGCGCAUCUGGCCAACGUCGUCAUGAACUGGGCCGGGAUGCGCUGUCCGUACAAACUGCUCCGCAUGAUCCUGGCGCUGGUCUGCAUGAGUUCGGAGGUGGGCCGCGCCGUCUGGCUGCGCUUCUCGCCGCCGGUGCCGUCGUCGGGGCCGCAGCCCAGCUUCAUGGCCCACCUGUCGGGCGCGGUGGUGGGCAUCAGCAUGGGGCUGCUCAUCCUGCGCAGCUACGAGGAGAGCCUGCAGAAGCAAUGCUCCUGGUGGGUCAUCGUCUUCUCCUUCAUCACCUUCCUCCUCUUCGCCAUCUUCUGGAACAUCUUCGCCUACGAGCUGCUGGGCGUUCAGAUCCCGCCGCCGCCAUGAUGGCGGCUCCGCUUUGCUCCCCAUUUCCACCAAACUAAAAAACAAUCCAACCAGAAUAAUCGGUAACUCUUUAACUGCAGGGCGAGCAAGAGACAAAACAGCCGACAUUAACAUGAAGAAGUCUUUAUGUUUGUCAUUCAGAAAAUGAUGACACUGUUAAAGUUGCACUAAAAGUUCAUUUAAAGUGUAAACUUUGCAUUAUUCUGUAAAUUAUGACACUUUUAGUCCAAAGUUGCACCAAAAGUUGAAUUAAAAGUCCAUUAAAAGUGUCAUUAUUAACUGAAUGACAUUUAUUAACAGCCGUAAACAUUUCUGCAGGCUCCUUCAUGCUACUGUUGUUUAUCGUGUUUAUGACGGCGUUUCCUCACAGCUGCCCGUCAGAUGAAACGUUACCGAAUCCUUUUUUACAGAAACUUUGCGAAUCAAAGAAAUGUUUCUCUUUUAUUAAAGAGGGAUUAGAGUAGCAACAGCUGGAAGCUCCUCUGAGCUGCCUGUCGUUUUUAUAUGAAUAUGUAGAAAACCUCAUGCGCAUCAACCUGCCGUUUGUUUUCCAUUUGCUUCAUUCAUGCAAAGACCUCAAACAAGAAGAUGCUGACAUCAUCAUAUGUGCCUCUGGAAGGAAAACGUUUCUGGACUAAAAGGCAUCAGUGAUGUGUAAAAGUUGGCAGGUUUUCCUGCUGUAGCUCUUAGUUCAAGUUGCCAAACUGAAAAACACGACAAACAUCCAGAAAGUGAAACGUUCAUUUAUUUAAAAUAGAUUGGAGAUGCACCGAUCAGAUUGGAGUCAGGACGAUUUUCCAUUGAUUUGCUCUGAUUGAGCAGCUUGUCAGCACAAAGUCACCUAAAUUUAAAAAAAUAAAGCUUCCAAACGGCAUAAAAUUUCACUAUUCGUGUGAUAAUGUUUACACGACACCGCCCCUAUAAAAGAAAAAUUAUUUUUGAUCUUUCCGUGUUUUUAUGUUUUUUUGUUUAAAACAAACUCGGAGUGUUGCUUUCUUUCUUUAAUGCAUGUUUGAUUAGUCCUCUAAUCACCAUGGCAACCAUUCAGCUGUUAAAACGCCUAACCCUAACUGAAGUUAUUAACAUAGUUACUUGAUUUUGCUAUAAAAUGGCCGCCAUGUGCCUGGAAAAUACAUAAUAUUUAAAAAUCAAG